GUUCCGCGUUCGUGACUUCUCUUCCCGCUGGAGGCUGCGGAACAAAAACGAAUCAGGAAAGCAAGCGCUUCGCUCCAGGGUCAAUGGCAGGGCCGCUUGGAGCGCUGCAGUCGGCGUGCGCUCGCGGUCGCCAUGGUGACGGCCGGCCGCGGUCAAGCCCCGUGUGUGGGUGUGUGUUGUGGCCGCGGCGGCAUAGCCAGCCGGCAGUGCGCCUGCAGACGCCUACCUGCGCGCACUGAGUCACCGGGACAACAGCCACAGCCUGGACGGGCUGUCCGCUUCGCCACUGCAGCGCAGCGUCAACUUCCGUACACACCGAUCUCGCCUUUUUCCUUCCUGGCAGUUUUUACAACCACCACCAUAUAAUCCAGUCUAACCUAGAGUUGAGUUUUUAGCUUUUUCUUCAUUUCAGCGUUAGAUAGCAAUCCUCCUCCUAAAGAGGAAAGGGCACUUUCGUUAUGGAAUCUGCUUUGAAGGGGCGCUACGACGGCCGCAGGAGCCGAAACUCGGCUUAUCUGCCGACUUCACAUUAUGCCACACCAUCAAUGCACUCUCAGCAGGACUGGCGCUGCCAGGAGUGGAAGCCGUCGCCGUCGCCGUGGGCGCGCGCCUCCGCCUCCGCCGCCCCCGCCUCGGCGGCGGGCAGCACACGAGCGCCCUCGUGGCCGUCGCUGUCGGACCGCUCGGCCGCGUCCUCCUGGGUCCUUUGGCAGGAGCGGCCCGGCGCUUCCUGGCUGCGGUCCGCCCCCGCCGCCCCCGCCGCCGCCCCGCCGCCCCACAAGCGCCGCAGCGACUCGUCGCCUUCGGCUGCCGGCGCCGUCUGCACCACGCUGCUUGUCGUCGCCUCCGUGUGCUGCGUGCUCGCAGUCACCGCCGUCGCCUCACUCGCCCUCUACAUGGGAGCCUUCAAGACUGAUUUGGACACAUCUGAUUUGGUAUUUGAAGGAAGUUUUCAAACAAACACAGAGAAACAAUUUCUGCCAUUUUUGCGAGACAAAUCGAGCACUGAAUUUAAAGAAAAAUCAUUGCUGUAUCAAACUAUGCUUCAAAACAUGUUCCAAGGAAGUGAUUUGCAGUAUGCACUCAGGAAAUGUGUUGUUGAAAAAUUUGACAACACUAGCAAUGGAAAUGGUGCAGUAGUAUUAUUUCAGCUGUUCCUUGACAGAGGAAGUAUACAAAGAACAGCAUCCAGCUUGGAAGAGACAGUGAAGUCCAUAAUCAUAAACAAUACAAAAAGGGGAGGCUUGGAGCAAAUUAGUAUUGAUCCUGCCACUGUGUUUAUUAAACGUUUCUUUGAUGGUGGGACUGGCAACAUACCGAAGACACAAGCAGGAGAUGUUUUUAGACCAAACUCUGAUAACAGGACUUUAGAAGUGAAGAAUGGUAUACUAAGGAAAGCUGUGCAGAAGCCACAACCAACAACAGAACAUUAUGAAAAUGUGACAAUGCCACAUAUGACUAACACCAAAGAAGGAGAGUUUAUGGAAGCUUUAGAAUAUGAAGGUGUUAUUCCUGUAAUUGUAGGGACAUUUACAGAAAAAAAGGAUGACAUUGUUGCACUACCUGGUGUACCUGAGGCUUCAGAUAAUCAAACAGAAGUGACUCACUAUCAGACAGCACGCUAUGAAGUAAAUAAGACUGAAAAUAGUUCAUUUGCUCAUGAUAUAACUUCUAUUGAAACAUUUAAUGCAGAUGAUGUGUUUAAAAAUAUGACUGAUGAAACAACUGUUUCACUACAAGGAGCUGAAAAUAAAAUUCCACCAUUUCAGAAAGGGGAACCACUAGAUAAAUUAAACAUAAAGGAUAAAGGAGAGGAAGGAGAGAGAGUGCCAGCAUUAUCAAACAAUAAUGCAGAAUUUUCACAUAUUAUAUACAACAAAAGUGGUACAGCAGUUCUUAAGUAUGAAGGUGGUACAUUAUUUGAGAGUAAUGAAAAUAUUAAUCCAUUUCUCAUCAAAACUAAUACUUACAAUGAUAGAUAUUUUGAUUCCACUAUUAGAAAAAUUGCUCAGAAUGAAAAAGAUGUAUAUUUUCAAGAAUCAGAUUUGGGAACCUACAACUUAAGCCAUGAGCCACAUGGAAAAAAUAGAAUUUUGUCAACAAGUAUAAAACCAUUUCCACAAACAAUAUCACCGGAAUCAUCAGUAAUAAUUAAUGAGCAACCAUGGCAACCAAUACUCCCAAAAUCUGAAGUAUCAACUCACAGAAAUGUUCACAGUAUUCCUCAAGAAGUUCUUGCUAGUGUUUCCAGCACUCCUACAAAUGUGAUGAAAUAUGAUUCUUCAGAUGAUGAUUGGAAACCAGUUAACAUGGAUCAUAGUGAGAACACUGCUAGUGCCACAGAUAGUUACACAAGAUCUGAGACGAAUAAAAAUAAUGUUGAACAUAUGCUUAGAAAUUCUGAAGUUAAAGAUGGUACUAAUAAUGGUGUAAUUUCUCACAGUUCAUCAUCAGAUUUUUCAGACAUUGUGAUCACUGAUCAUAUUAAAAAUACUUCAGAAUUUGGCACAUCAACAAAAAAUACUUCUGACAAUUUUUCUCUUCCCAAAAUUUCUUUACUUACUGACAGUUUGAUAACUGAUAGUUACAGUGAUCACAAAAUUAUAGGAACUCAUAGAGUAGAUCCAGUGCAUGUACAGAAAGUUUACAAAAAUACAGAUACAGUACCAAGAAUUCCAUUAUCAGAAAAGUUUCAAAGUGUUCCAGUCUUCAUGGCAGAACAAUCAGAAAGUAACAAACACAGUUUGCAGAAAUUGCCCAACACUGAGUCAUCCAUCAUUGCUGAUUUGCUUACCACAGUUGAGUCUGCAACAGUAGAGGCACUAGAGGACUCCUCAACACCUUGGCCUUCUGUUAGGAAUAGUGUAACUAAUAAGACAGAACAAAUGGAUGAAACUUCAGCAUUUGUUAGCCAGAAAUCUCAGUCAAUUAGUACAGGCAGUCAGAGAGAAAAUGUUACCGAAGCUGUCACUGUUAGCAUAACAAAAAAUGUGAACAUGUCUCCAACAUUACCCUUUCAACCCACUAAGCAAACAUUUACUCCUCCAAAUGUCAGGCAAAGUACUGGAAAACAAGAGAAGAAUAAUACAUUGUGGGACUCUGUCUUGUUGAAGUACAAAAGUGAAACUGUUCCAGAACUAAUAGAGCUGUUUCCUGAUACUUUACUACGUCAAAAACAAGCAACGGCUGCACUCUCCCAAACAGUGAGACCUAGUCAUUCCCAUUCAAUGGAAUCAUUAUCCACCUUAGACAUUACUAUAGGGUCAGUAAGCCACAAUAUUAAUGGGGGGCAUAAUACAAUGAAUACAACAAACUCAACUGCUUCACCUAUGAAUUCAGUUCAAGAAAAAUCUCAGAUGAAGAGCCCAUUAUUUACUGAAGCAAGGAACUAUGUGGCUGACUAUGUACAAGAAUAUUUUAAGGAUUCAAAAAUUACUACUGAAGACAUAAAGAAUAUAACGGCAUCUCUUUUGAAAAAUAUUACUACUACAGAAAAUUUACACCUUGCUGAAAAUGGCAGUGGGGUGACACAAGAACUGAAAAUGAGUCAGGUGUUAACCUCGCAUUCAAGCCAUGACCAAGCUUCAGAAAAGAGUAAUGUGGAGGAAGUAGUCAUAGGAAGAUGGAAAGCAAGGCCUACCAUUCAAACACACACAAAACUUUCUUCUCAAGGAUAUGACAAUACAAGAAAACAGCCAGAAAACAUUGGUGCUAGUAACGAAUCUGUUACAAAAAGUUACCAUGAAAUGCAGAGUCAGCUGAGUGAAACACCUCCACUAGAGAGAAUUGAUGGCAUAACUCCCAUAAUCCUCCCAGAAUCUGAACUUGCAUCAAGAAGUAAAUUGAGCAAAACAUUUAUAAACAGAAGACAGCCUAAGAUGCACAACUAUGGCUUUCAAGUCCAAGAACAAGAUGACAACAUGAAAAUUAUUCGACAAGAUACACCUCAAAAUUUAACAAAUAAUUUAUUUUCCACUUCCUCAACAACUCAUACAAGAAACAGAAACAAUGAGGCAGAAAUAUUUUCAGACAUAUCAAGCAGAACAACACUUACUGCAUCACCUACUUCACUUUACAGCACUUUGUCAACAUUAUUGCAAAAAGAUUACAAAAUGGGUUCAGGAGUAGAGCCUACUCCAGACCUCUCAGCUAUAGGUACUUAUGAAACAGAUGUUAGACCAGACAGCAAUGUUAGAAAUACUGUUGUCAACAUAAAUUACACAAUCAGCAAAGUUUCAACCAAAUUUAGUAACUCUAAUGGGAAUAAUGAGUAUGUUGAAAUAAGAAACAAUUCAGCAACAAAAGUCCCAAACAAUUAUAUCACUUACCAGACAAGUGUUGAACAUAAUGAGGAUACAGAAAAGGAACCUUAUAAUUAUUAUGAUCGAAUAAUUAAUACAACUAAUGAAGAACAAAGAAUUGUAAAUGAAAUUAGUAAAUUUGCCACAGUUCAUAUGACUGGAUCAGAUAAAAAAGGACUUGUAAACAAAUCUACUACAGCAACUAAAGUAACAACCACAAUACAACCCAUCACACACAAACCUCAGUCAGCACAAAUAAUUGCAAGCUCUAGUGACAGAGGAAACCAACCUCUUUUCUCUAUGUUGACGAAGACAUUUAACAAGGUGUCAACAGAUGGGAGCUACCAGCAGAAUUCAAUGGCUGCUUCAACAAUAGUCAAUGUGAAAACUGAAGUUAACACUAGUGAGACAGCUUGUCCCAGAAACUACAGCUUCCAAUGUGGGGAUGGAGAGUGUAUCUCUCAAAUGUCUCGCUGCAAUCAGCUUGUUGACUGCAGUGAUGGAGCUGAUGAAAAGCAGUGUACUUGUGCUGAUUACUUAAAAACACAAUUUUCCACUCGAAAAUUGUGUGAUGGAGUUGUUGACUGCUGGGAUUUCACAGACGAGAUCAAUUGUGAAUGGUGUAGACUGGGGCAGUUUGUAUGUCCUAACUCUCAAGUUUGCGUGGAUCAGGAAAAGCUUUGUGAUGGAGCAACAGACUGUCCAUUUGGUGAUGAUGAGAAACGGUGUGUCACUGUCUCCAAAUCGACUAGAGAAGCUGACAACUUCACAUACCAAUCUGAAGGUUUCCUUAUGGUGAGGAAAAGAGGGCAGUGGGGUAAGCUUUGCUUGCAUAAUUUUGAAAAGAUUCUUGCAAAAUCUCAGUCGUCUUGGAAAAUAACAGAUCUGGGAAGAGCUGUGUGCAAAGCGAUGACGUACAGUGAUUUUGACACUGUUGAACACCAGACAGAAAUAAUCAAAAAUGUUGAUGAAGUUGAUGAUGAUCACUAUUUUGAGAUCACGUUUGCACCUCCGAACAGCACUGAAUACACACAUAAAUCUGUAUUGUCAUUCCAGCCUUCUGAGUGCCCCCAGCAGGAAUUGCUGCAUGUAACAUGCAAGGAUUUGGAAUGUGGAAUACGUCCACAAGCUGUAAACCAGUGGGCUAGGAUUGUUGGAGGCGGCAAUGCUGGACCUGGUUCUUGGCCAUGGCAGGCAGCACUCUACAAGGAGGGAGAAUUUCAAUGUGGAGCCACACUUAUAUCAGAGUACUGGCUUAUUUCAGCUGGACAUUGUUUUUAUCAUGCACUUGACGACUUCUGGGUUGCUCGACUUGGCACUUUGAGAAGAGGAACAAGUUUUCCAUCACCAUAUGAACAGCAAAUGCCAAUAACCGAUAUAAUAUUGCAUCCAAAUUACAUUGACAAUGGCUUUAUCAAUGACAUAACACUGCUGCGUAUGCAGGGUCCUGUAGCAUUCAGUGAUUAUGUGCGACCUAUAUGCUUACCAAAGCCCGACUCAGUUCUCAAAGAUGGCCGACUAUGCACAGUCAUAGGGUGGGGGCAAUUGUUUGAAGAUGGUCGAAUAUUCCCUGAUACACUGCAGGAGGUACAGCUUCCUGUAAUAACAACAGCAGAGUGCAGGAAAAGAACAGUGCUUCUCCCACUUUACAGAGUUACAGAAAACAUGUUUUGUGCUGGAUUUGAUAGAGGUGGAAGAGAUGCCUGCCUAGGUGAUUCAGGUGGUCCUCUGAUGUGUCAGGAACCAGAUGGUCACUGGACAUUGUAUGGAGUAACAAGUAAUGGCUAUGGCUGUGCAAGAGCAAAUCGUCCUGGAGUUUAUACAAAGGUAUCAAAUUACAUGCCAUGGAUAACACAGUCCAUGAACCAAAAUGAACGAACUCCAAAGAAACCUGAACCUUUCUGCAGGGGACAUAGGUGCCCCCUUGGGGAAUGUUUGCCAAAAAGCAGAGUCUGUAAUGGUUUCAUGGAAUGCAGUGAUGGAAGUGAUGAAAAAGGAUGUUGGUGAUCUGCUAUAGUACUGUCUGAAUCCCAUAGAGUUUGCCAGAUGUGAUGCAUAAGCAGUAGAUUGUAGUAAUGUGCUGACACCAGUGGUAGUUUCCGCCCACCAGAAUUUUAAAUCUGAAGAUGGCCUAAUCUGGCUGAAAUGUUAGGUACAAUUAAAAUGUGAUCUAGGCUGUGUUUUGUUCAUAAAAAAAUAGAACUAUUUAUUUUUGUGACAAAUGGCUGUAUUUUAAUCAGCUGUACAGCUCUGUUCAACAGAGCAGAUUCCUAGUGAGAUUAUUUUUGUAAGAUUAUUGUUCUGUGCAUAAACUGUAAAUAAUACUGUUAAUACUAUUGCAUGACUCAGAAAUCAACUGUGAACAUUCUGAGAGCAAAAAAAUUAUUUUCUGUGAAAAUGUUCUUUAAGAUAAUAGGACAGUCUAAACAGUUAAACUGUUGAUACUGUACAAAAAGAUUAAUGCACGUAAUGUGAUUUUAUUGUAUUAUAAAUUUUUGUAGCUUGCUUGUGUGAAUCCUGUAUAUUCAUUGUGGAGAUUGUCCAGAACAUUCAGUAAUAUGGCACAACUUGUUUCCUGACAUUCAUUAGAUAGUGUAUCAAUAAAUAAGUGCUCUGUGGAACUGUGUAUUUACUCAGGUGAAUAAAAUUACAUAUUUUAUACUCUGAGUUUGUAGAAAUGUUGUGUUCAAGUACAUUUUCAAUAUAUUAAACAUGUUUCAACUUUCAUAGCCAUUAACAGCCGUCCCAAUAUAGAAUAUAAUUUGUGAUACUGGGCCAGUGAAGGUACAGAAUCUGUGUCUGUGAUAAUCAGAAUGUUCAUAUUAGGAAGAUGCAUUUUUGUGACAAUAGUCUAAUUGCAACAAAUUAACUUUUCAAUUAUCAUAUUUACCAGUGGGCGUGUAGUGUUUGUAGUCAGAACUGAUCAAAAAUAGCUGUAAUAACUACUUAGUUAUAACAUUUUACUUUUAUUUAUUUGAUAGGAGCAUGUAAGUCUUUAACCAAAUAGUCAGUUUCAGAAGUUCUAUAAAUUUCAAUGAAUCUUGAGUUAAUACAGGAUUGCAAGAUGUAUACUAGGAGAGUCACAUUAGUUUGAAUUAAAAAUAUAUCUUGGAGUCUCUACUAUUUCAAAUUUUGUGACAUACUUAAUUAUUCCCUUGACUGAUAUGGGGUGUCCUAAAUUAUCAGAAUAAGCAAUUUCUGCAUCUUUUUUGUUAUUGCCCCCAAAAACAUUUUACAAGGAAGACAAAGAACAUUUCACAUUCAAUUAUUGCAGCAGUCUAUCAAAAUAAUUAUUUAAUUUUACUUUACCAAGGCUCACUGUGUUGCUUAUCUUGGAAUGAUACAGAGGGGAAGGGUACACUAUAGUUUUUAUUCUGAGACAUAAGAAACCAUAAUUAUGUUACAUUAUUUGGAUGAACAAGAGGUUUCAAUCAACCU